UUGGCAGCUCUGACGGAAUCUUCCGGUACACGAGGCGGCGAAUUCGUCACUCUACUCUCUGCUCAGGUGGUCACAGGUGUGUACCCCACCAUCCUGCUAGACGCUUGGGAUCGAUAUGACACCAGGAUGGGCGGCUCCGAGAACAUUCGUCCUUCAGACGCAGAGGGCGCGGAAAAUCAAUUGUAUUGCCUUCUCCAUCUCUCCGACGGAGGUGAAGACGUCGAAUCCGUGUCCCUCACCAGCUGGACACAAGCCCUGACGAUCUUUGCACAGACGGUCGACCUCCUUGCACGAGGCGAGGAAGAAGUCCAAUUCGAGCACCGCGACCUGCACUGGGGCAAUGUCCUCGUCGAGAAGCUGGCAGCACCAGAGGACGACGAGCCGCAGCUUAUCGCUCUCUGUUGGCCCGAUCUCCUCGAGGCAGACAAGUCUCGUCUGCGCACAACGAUCAUCGACUAUACACUCUCUCGAGCACAGCUCACCUCUUCGACUCUUGCGACGUGCGACCUGUAUUCUCAGAAGAGCCUCUUCCGCGGAGACGCAGAGGAAGACUAUCAGUUCGAGGUGUAUAGACUCAUGAGAAGCCACGUCCGUAGUGCUGCUCGACAAGUCGCAGGUGAAGAUGCAGACGAGAAAAAGGGCUUCUAUCCUGGUACGAAUGUCAUCUGGUGCCACUACCUGGUCCGGAAACUCCUC